CAGACUGGAGGCAGUCCAGGCAGUCUCAGGCAGCGUCAGGCAGUGGACGCAGGCAGUCCAUGGCCGCGCUCGAGUCGCGCGCUGUUCUCUAUCCUGUUCUACCUCCAGACACACAGCAAAGGACUGCUGGUUGUACGUCGCUCGCGUGCAUCGCGUGUCGGUGCGGCGAGGGCUCUGCCAACUGCUGGGCUAGGCCGUUAGUAGCAAAGGCCCCUGGACGCCAAUACCGCCCCGACUCUUCCAACCUCCCUUUACGCCUCCACCGCCCACUCCACCACCGCUCCCCUCGCCAGUCGCACCCCAUCGCCGCAGCUCGCAGCCGCUCGCAGCAGCACGGCCUUUGCGGAAGGCACCUCCUGGCUGGCCAAAUUCGCUCCUUCCCUGCUUCCGCUCUCUACCGCCGCCCACGCACCUCCUCCCGCACCUCGUCCCGCCGAGGCCCGUCGCGCACCAUACCGCUCCGCACGUCACCACGCACGUCGCCGCGCCCUAAUACCGCCUGCACGCCCGCACGCCCCCCUUUUCUUCCUUCACGACACCCCUGGCUACGCGCACGAUGCCCACCAUGAUGGCUGCUGCGCCUUACGAGAUCCGGACCGGCGGCGACGGCAAGUCCAAGAAGCAGAGCAUGGCUGAGCUGAAGCUGCGACGCCUGACAGAGCUCAACCAGCGCCUGCGCGAGGAUCUUGAGCGUCGCCGGAUACCCGUGUCCGAGGCUGCCCUAGAGUACGUCGCGGUGUUCUGCCCUGGUCGCACAGUAAACAAAGACAGUCGCUAACGCGCCUGCAGUCUCAUUGCAUUCACCGACAAGGAGCCCAAAGACUGGAUGGUGCCUUCACGAUGGGGAACAGUGCG